CCACUUCUCUGCAGAGCUGCGACAGAGAGAGGAUGAAGAGGAGACAGCAGCACUCAGGUAUCUGAGCGACGGCCUCACAUGAAAUGAGGCCCCCAUCUCAUCGUGGACCCUACGAGCAGCACAUGCUCUGUGUUUAGACCGGGUAUCUGUAUUUAAAGCUGAAGGUACCUCUGUUGAUCCAGAUGACCGAUCACCAGAUGAUAUGGAGACGACAUCAUCAAAUCCUGAUGGCGACACACAGGAGUCAGACUCAGACCAUCAGACACUCUCAGUGGAGUGUCCAAAAUGUGGGAGCAACAUUCAGGUGCCAGUUGAUGCUGGGGUGGAGGUCACAGAUAAAUAUCAGCCAGCCUCCUCCAACCAGAACAGGACCUGUGGAGAGGACUGGGUGUCACUGAAUGAGGACCAAGUGAACCUGGACGAGGUCUUACAGGAACUGAGAGGCUUGAUACCAGAUCAACUGUAUUCAUCUGCUGAACGUUUGGUGAACGACAUGAAAAAGAUCCCAGAAAACUCUGAACAUCUGGUGGACCUCGUAGGUCAUAUGAAGGAACAUCUGAAGAGUUUGAAGGAACAUUUCAAACCUCAAAAAUCUAACAAAGCAGCUAAAUCUCCAUCGUCAUAUUCAUGCUGUACCUAUAAAGUGAAGCUCUACAGUGUUGUCACUGGUAAAACCUUUGGUGCUGAUGACGUCAUACUGGAGCAAGUAAAGAAUAAAAGAUGGACAGCAACACUGAUGGAGGUGACCACAGAUCCUCAGGACUGCUACGUCAUCAUUGUCUUCUGUCCAAUCACGUCUCGUGUUGGAUCAGAUGUGGAGGCAGCCAUGAGACGUGAGGAAGUGUCUCAAAGUCAGAAACCUGUCAUCUUAGUGAUGAUGCAUCACACCAGAGAAGUCGACUAUUCACCUGAUGGAAGAAAAUGGUGUGAAAAGUAUCGAAACGUCGUCUCUGAGGUUCAUGUUCUCUUCCAUGAGACUCAGCCGGGCUUACUGAGAUGUGACAGGAAUGAUCAGGCAUUUGAACAAAUUCAAAAUGAGGUGUACAAACACAGUAAAGGCAGACGGCCUUGGUGACUUUCUGGUCUGGAUGUGGAACAAAAAGCAACAAACAAUGAAGUAAAGAAGCAGCAGGAUGGUGAGAUUCAUGUUAGUGAUCAAUGACAGAAACAGAGAAACACAGUUUGACCUUCUCCUGAGUGAAUCUGAUUUAAUAUCACUGAUCACAGCUGCUUCACACUGUAUUUCUGCUCUAUAGUUACUGAGUGUCUUUCCUCUUUUUAUUCACAUUUUCAGUCUGCACAUAAACAAAUAAUCAAAGUUUUAUCUGCUGAGCUGAGGAUGAAUAAACUCUGACGUCCAUGAAGAGAAUAAACAUCAGAUCUGAACCUUCCUCACAUUAAAACAUUCAAACAGAAACAUGGUUUCCCAUCGUCUGAUCUUUGACUGCAGCUCUGUUAAUGACCUCCUCCUCCUCUUCUUCUUCUGUGGUGGUUUAACAGCAGCGACUGGAGACCCAGCUCCUCCAGCUGUUGAUGGCUCAGAUUGGACUCUGUACAUGACACUGUUGACUGUUUGCCUGUGUGUUGGAUUAAAUGUUUCAUCUCAGUGUGA